AUGUUUCUUUGUAGUACCUUUCUCCGGUACAUGUCAGUUGAAGUUCUUCGGGAGAGCGCUUGUGAUUGCAUACAUGAGAUUAUCAUGAAGGGAAUGGAGCCACUGGCAAAGAAAGAACUGGUGGAAUCUCUUCUGAGCGUUCUGGAGAAAAGCAGCAUCCUUGAACCACAAGAGGUAAAAUGAUUAUUCAUGUGUAAGCGUAACAUUUUUGUCCAAGAUUGUAGGUUCAAUACGCAGUUUCCUCCAUAUUCCCAGGGGUGAAUGGGUGAAUGUAUUUUUUGUUUAAUUUGUUAUUUGAAUCAUCACUUUUAGGAUGAAGAUGCUGACUUCAUGGCCAAGUUAGCAAAACUGACGAGUGCUUCAGGGUCACAGCUUCUAAACAGCUACACUAAGUAAGAGAUCAUUGAUUUGCUAGCACAAUUUCAAACUGUGUUCUUAAGCAAGACAAUACUUUAGAGAGACUGAGAGUUGUAUUGUCAGGAAACAGAAAAUGUGAGAUUCAAGUUUAGAAUUUCUCAAAAUUGAAAAUGUGCAGCUAAAAACAAGACAUAACUAAUGUGAAGCUACUAAGUUUGUGGUAGAAUUAGUAAACAGUAAAUUGCACAACAAAGUUAAGGGAAAACUUAGUCACAUGGUAUGAAUUUCACGUUUGCUGUAAACAUAACUACAAAUCUUUCUAUUAUCCUGGACAAAAGUCCUUGAGACAGUACUGCAAUAUUCUUAUUUUUCUGUCAUUUCUCGGUUCCCUCUUAAAACAGUGCCAUCCUUUUUAAAAUCUUCUUGCAGUUCUCCCUCCUCCCCCAUACAAAGUUGAAAGUCGGUAAAAAUUCAGGAUAGUCGAUACACACGUCCAACAUGGGUGAGGGAGGGUUGGGCCUGUGUGAAUUGGAAAACGUCCCUGAGAAAUGCAGAAGUGUUCCAGGACUUUUGGUAGAAUAUCAGAAACUUUGCUCACCAAUUACGGAAAGGUACUGCACUCUGUAAUUUAUCUGCAUUACAUUUUUAAACUUUUUUUUUUGGUAUUAAUGGCCUCUUUUAAUAAAACACUUUAAAAAAGUCAAACUUCUGUAGAGCUGAUCCCCCCAACCGAAACAAUCUAGAAAGAGCUCAAAAAGAGAUGCAGUUUUUUUAGUUUGUUGUUAUAAUUCAGCACUGAAUACGAGAAAGGUCGUAACAGGUUUUUUCGUGUUCCAGUUACUCUUAUAUGCCAAGCAUGACCAAUGGUUUUUUAAGUGAAAGCGUAGGCUAGAAAGAUUUUCCUGGUGAUUCGCUUUACAAAUGUGUAGCAAAUUAGAAUGCUGAAUUUACAGUAGUGCUAGGGCCGGCAUAACUUAUCUUAGAGAAGCCCCUAACAUUCUUUUCUGUGGUUUUCCGCUUUUUAAGAACAUUAUCGAGGAGCAGCUUCUGAUGAAUCGAAUGGCUGAUGCGUGUAUCAACUUGUUUGCUAUGACGGCUUUGAUUUCCAGAGCAGCGCAAUCCAUAAACCAGGGUCUAUGAAGUGCCAGCCAUGAGGUGAGUGAUAGGUAGCCUAUUUAAAAAAAUGUAAGGAAGACCCUCGCAUUUAAACUCGCACUAGCCUGCAUAGCAGGUGUUCAAAAGGGAAGGGAAAGGGAAUUUGGUGCUUGUGAGAAGUAGUUUCACACCCAAAUUCUCUUCACCUUCCCUUUCGAACGCCAGCCACGCAGGCUAAACUCUCUGACUUGUGUAUUUGUGAAAAAAUAAAAGCCUGAAAAAAUUCAGAUUCGAACCAGGAUUCCGGAUUCGGGAUUUGGGAGCCGGGACUCGAACCCUAACCUAGUGAGGCCUUUAUUUAAUGAGUAUUGACACAGGCAAUCGAGGAAUAUCACAGGAAAUUAAGCUUAAAAUGAGUGACAAUGUUGUUGUCGAAGUAAUUGCGGCUAUUUUCUUUUUGCGGUAACUGACUUUACGUCAACCCUCUCACCCUCAACCUUCCCAGCAAAAAAUGUUUAAAAAAGCUCGAUACCAUGGUGACGGUAAGAGCUAUUUUUGGUGGCCUUGGCAAAAUAGAUUUACCAGAGGAUUUUGAAUUUAUUUAUCAACUGUGUCUUUUUUUUCAAUAUGUUUUCCUUACAGAUACAAUAUGCACUAACAAGUGCAAUGUGAACAAUGCUCUCUUUAAAGAAGUCAGAUCAGGUU